AUGAACCGUAAAUUUAAAAGACGAUAUCAGAAUAACGAACGACAAAAACUAGAAGAUAAACUCUAUUCAAGUAACCAACGUGAUUUCUGGCGAUCAAUCGGAGUAGUAGGAAUAUGCAACGAACGGAAAUCUUGUAUACCUAGCGCUGUUGUAAAUGAAGAUGGAACUAUAGAAACGGACAAAGUUAACGUUUUAGAUCGAUGGAAGGAAGAUUUUAGACAACUAUUUAACUCCGAUGAAAACAACGAAGAAACGAUUCCACAAUCAACGGAAAGUCAAAAUGUCAAUCGGGAUAUAACGGAAUUAAAUGAACCGAUCACUAGAGAGGAAGUGAUAACGGCCGUAACCAGAGCAAAGGUCCGAAAAGCUACAGGUAUUGAUGAUAUUCCCGCGGAAGUACUUAAAAAUGACACAGCAAUAGAACUAUUGUACCAAAUAAUAAGUGGAUGCUUUCAGCUCGGAAAAGUCACAUUAGAAUGGACAAGGGGAAUAAUUAAUCCAAUAUUGAAACCGAACGCAGACGAUGAACGUAAACCACUUAACUACCGUGGAAUAACAUUGAUAUCCGUGCCAUCUAAAAUAUACUGUAUUAUUCUCAAUCAACGUCUUAGUAAGUGGCUAGAAGAUAACGAUCAUUUAUGCGAAAAAACAAAAUCGCUUCCGCAAGGGUAG